CCAGUUUAACGAAGUUAUGGAGUAGUUAUUAUCUCUCAACUUUUAGACCACACACUCGUCAUUGUUUAUUUUUCACGUGAGUUAUCCCAUAUCCGCGCUGCUGACAAAUUCUGAUUUGUGCACAUGUAAACUGUAGUUAAUAAACAAGUGUAAGGAUAUUGGCGGAGUUCACAAACUCAAGGCUGAACGUGCUUGUCACAGACAUUCUAAAGUUUCAAAAUUACUAGAGUUGACUAUGCCUUCAAAGAUUAAUUUGUUGAUCUGUUUAUUCAUUCUUCAUCUGUGGGCUGCCGUCAGUGUUACAGAGCAAAAAAUUGGGGUUUAUGAGAUCAAGAAAGGAGAUUUCUCAGUCAAGAUCACCAAUUAUGGUGCCAGAAUCAUCUCUGUUUUUCUCCCUGAUAAGCAUGGAGUAAUAGGUGAUGUUGUUCUUGGAUAUGACACCACAGAGGAAUACAAGAAUGAUACAACUUCUUUUGGAGCACUACUUGGAAGGGUUGCAAACCGGAUUGGUGGUGCUCAAUUUACUUUAAAUGGUACCCUUUAUAAGCUUGUUGCCAAUGAUGGCGCAAACACACUACACGGUGGCAUUAACGGAUUUAGCCGUGUUGUUUGGAAUGUUAGCAAAUACCAGCAAGAUGGUCCCUAUCCUCACAUUACUUUAACCUACCACAGUGUUGAUGGUGAAGAAGGAUUUCCUGGUGAUCUUCUUGUCUCUGUUACCUAUGCAUUGAAAGAUCCUUACAAGCUUAGUGUGGUAAUGAAGGCUGAAGCAUUAAAUAAGGCCACUCCAGUUAACUUAGCUCAACACAGUUAUUGGAACCUCGGUGGACACAACAGUGGCGAUAUCUUGUCAAAUGUUGUUCAAAUCUUUGCAUCACACAUCACUCCAGUAGACCAGAGCCUCAUUCCUACAGGCAAAAUUUCUCCUAUCAAGAACACACCCUAUGAUUUCCUUAAACCCCGUGAAGUGGGGAGCCAGAUCAAGGAGCUCCAAAGUGGAUAUGACAUCAACUAUGUACUCGACAGCACUGAGAAAAUGAAGCCGGUGGCAAUAGUUUAUGAUGAAAAAUCAGGACGAGUGAUGGAUGUACAAGCGUCUGCACCUGGUGUUCAAUUCUACACUGCAAACUCCCUUAAUCAGAAGGGGAAAGGUGGAUAUGUAUAUCAGCCUCAUGCAGCAUUGUGUUUUGAGACUCAAGGGUUUCCUGACGCUAUGAAUCACCCAAAUUUCCCUUCUACAAUUGUGACUCCAGGGAAGGCCUACAUUCACAAAAUGUUGUAUACAUUCUCGAUCAUGAAAUACUUGAAUUCUUAUUAGUUUUUUCCUCCAUCCCUUGUGUCUUUAGUAUUUAAAGCAUAAAAUUGAUACAUUUUUCGUCAAGUUAUAUGUUCUUUAUGAAAAAUAAAACACCUGACAUCUAGACUCAUAA